AUGACCAAGAGCAACUCGUCAUUCAUCUCCCGCGUUAUCGUCAACGAGAACCUCUCCAAGAAACUAACCGACAGAAAGCCGGAGGGUGUCUUUUGCUUCGCCAACAUCAACCGUGCCUUCCAGUGGCUGGACCUGUCGGCCUGGCAGAAGCAAGAUUAUCUGACCAAGAUUCUGUUCACCAGGGCGCAUUGCUUGUGCCACGACAUCAACCCCGUGACGAAGAGCCUGGGCCACAUUGACGUGAUCAUGGGCUUCUCCACGGGCGAGAUCAUCUGGUGGGAGCCAGUGUCUCAGCGCUACACGCGUCUGAACAAGAAUGGCAUCAUCAACGGCACCCCCGUGUCUGAGAUUCGGUGGAUUCCCGGCUCAGACAACCUCUUCCUCGCGGGCCACAUGGAUGGCUCGCUUGUGGUGUACGACAAGGAGAAGGAGGAUGCGCCUUUUGUGCCCGAGGAGGAGCUGGCGACGAACGGCGUGGCCAAUGGCGACACCGACGCCACCGACUCUGGCGAGUCCAGCGCGCCCAAGAACGUCAAUCCGAACACGCGAAUCCACAUUUACAAGUCUGUGCACUCCAAGAACCAAAAGGUCAACCCGGAUGGCUCGCUGAGGAUCAUUGACUACCUGAAGGAGGACGUGUGCUGGUCGCCUGACGGCAAGUAUGUUCUUACAGGCGGACAAGAUGACCUGAUCUCCAUCUGGUCUGUCAUCGAUCACGCCAUCAUCGCUCGCUGCCAAGGCCAUCAGUCCUGGGUCACCUCGGUGGCGUUUGACCCGUGGCGAUGCGAUGACAAGAACUACCGGUUCGGCAGCGUCGGCGAGGACCGCAGGUUGUGCCUAUGGGAUUUCAACGUCGGCAUGUUGAGCAGGCCAAAGGCGGCGUCCGUCCGCCAGCGAGGCUCGAUUUCUUCUCGUUUCCCCGGCUCCACGUCGCUGCAGCGCCUCGAGACAGGUAACACGACGACUAGUGGACGUCUGCGGUCCAACUCUGCCCUCUCGACGGCGGAUAUCGGUGACGACGAGGAGGGCAUCGUCCACCCUGUGGAGCCCCGCUCACACACUGCCAUGCUCCCGCCUGUCAUGUCCAAGGUCAUCCACCCUAGUCCCAUGUGCUGGCUCGAGUUCACCGAGGACUACAUCAUGACAAGCUGCAAGUCUGGUAUGCUAUGA